AUGGGUCGUGGGAAGGAGCCCGAGCAGCAACUAAGCAACCCGUUGGAAGCGAAAAAGUAUCGAGAUGAAGCCAGUGGCCACACGAAAAAUGGAAACUAUGAGCGAGCUCUUGCGUCGCUUGAUAAGAGCUUAGGACGAAAACUAUCACGUAUUUCUCUUCAAAGACCCUCGCAUACUGGCGAGUGUCAGGACGAUAAGAGAGUGCGAAAACACAUUUAG